UUAUGUAGUCAAAGGUACGACUUGCGAGACCGGUGGAAAGAGAGCACACGAGAUGGCCUCCGUCGUGAAGAACAUCCUGAAGAGCAUCAGGGAGAGGGGUAUCGUCAACUUCGCAAGGGAUCUACGUGAAGAUGGAUUUCUGAAUUGUCUUACGGAUGGAAAUCUUCUGCAAACCAAGAUUCAUAAUAUAGGUGCAACACUAGUUGGUGUUGACAAAAUUGGCAACAAAUACUAUGAGAAGCUAGGCGAGACGCAAUAUGGAAGACACAGGUGGGUAGAAUACGCUGCCAAGGGCCGUUACAAUGCUUCUCAGGUCCCAGCCGAAUGGCAUGGUUGGCUGCACUUCGUUACUGAUUACACAGGAGACCAGCAGCUUCUGAUGCUAAAACCGAAGAGGUAUGGGUUGGAUCACAAAGAGAACUUUACCGGGGAAGGUGAGGAACAUAUCUACCAUUCCAAGGGACAUGCCUUGAAUCCUGGGCAGAGAGAUUGGACCAGGUAUCAAUCUUGGCAACCCACCAAGACCUAAAAAAUUUCUUCUUCAGGAAAGAAAAUUCAUCGGCGUAUGAUGUUUUAGCAACUUCAUGGUUGCAAUCAAUCGUUACAAAGCUGAGGCCUGAGUGUUAACUUUUUUCCAUGUGUUUUUUUCGAUGGUUUUUGUUAUCAAAACCAUGCUUGAACAAAUGUGCUUUCUGUAUUCGUGUAAUAAUACGUUAUUUUCCUGAACAAUUGAAAGGCUAGGCUCCUUUCUCGAGUCAAAAUGGCCAAUUUCUGAAUA